GGCAUAUCAGUAAGAAUGUGUUGACCAAAUGCAAGAAAAUGUUUGAGACACAGCAAAAAUGGGAGAAGUUCAACCAUGAGUGGAACUCUGUAGUGUAUUCAUCUUCUGAAAUUCAAUACGAGGAGCGUCUUAAAUCAUUACUUAAGGAAUUCAGUAGUUAUCCUGAUGCAGUCAAAUAUGUCAUGGAUACUUGGUUGGUUCCUUACAAGGACAAAUUUGUGGCGGCAUGGACAGACACAUGUAUGCAUUGUGGCAAUGUUACAACGAACCGGGCUGAGAGUGCACAUGCAAAACUUAAAAGACAAUUGGGUUCAUGUCAAGUCUCAUUUCAGGCAUCAUUUGAGAAAAUACACAGUCUGCUUGAGUUGCAACACACUGAUAUCAAGGCUUCAUUUGAGAAAAGUCUAACUGUUGUGCAACAUCAAUUUAAACCUUCUCAAUUCAGGGAGCUACGGGGGAAUGUGUCUAUCUCUGCAUUGGAGUAUUUGCUUGUCGAGAGUAAGAGAGCCAAUUCCAUUGGUAUUGAUGUUGAAGCUUGUGGAUGCGUCCUUCGCCACACUCAUGGUUUACCUUGCGCCCAUGAGAUUGCUAACUACAUCAGACAAGAUCGUCCUAUACCACUUGCUACCAUACACUCACAGUGGAAACAGAGGUGA